UUCCAGUCCCGGUGCUUUGCCCCGGCUCGGGAGGGAGGCGGGAUUGAUCUUCGAUCGCGAAGAUGGCUGCUGGCUGCCUGCUGGCCUGGACUCUGACACUUUUCCAAUUUUUGCUGCUCGGUCCCUCGUCGGAGGAGCCGUUCCCUUCGGCUGUCACAAUAAAGUCAUGGGUGGAUAAGAUGCAAGAGGACCUUGUCACUUUGGCAAAAACAGCAAGUGGAGUCGGUCAACUUGCUGAUAUUUAUGAGAAAUAUCAAGAUAUGUAUACAGUGGAGCCAAAUAAUGCACGCCAGCUGGUGGAAAAGGCAGCCACAAAUAUUGAGCAACUUCUGAAAAGUAGAUCUACAGCUCUGGUGCGUCUGGCCCAGGAAGCAGAAAAAGUUCAAGCAGCCCACCAGUGGAGAGAGGAUUUUGCAAGCAAUGAAGUUGUCUACUACAACGCAAAGGAUGAUCUUGAUUCUGAAAAGAAUGAAAGUGAACCAGGAAGCCAGAGGAUAAAGCCUGUUUUCUUCGAAGAUGCGAACUUUGGUCGGCAAAUAUCCUAUCAGCAUGCUGCAGUCCAUAUUCCCACUGACAUCUAUGAGGGCUCGACAAUCGUGUUAAAUGAACUGAACUGGACAAGUGCCUUAGAUGAAGUCUUCAAAAGAAAUCAACGGGAGGAUCCCACAUUGCUGUGGCAAGUGUUCGGCAGUGCCACGGGCCUCGCCCGAUAUUAUCCAGCUUCUCCAUGGGUUGAUAACAGCAGAACUCCAAACAAGAUUGAUCUUUAUGAUGUUCGCAGAAGACCAUGGUACAUCCAAGGAGCUGCAUCUCCUAAGGACAUGCUCAUUCUGGUUGAUGUAAGUGGGAGUGUUAGUGGAUUGACCCUUAAAUUGAUCCGCACAUCUGUCUCUGAAAUGUUGGAAACACUCUCAGAUGAUGAUUUUGUGAAUGUAGCUUCAUUUAACAGCAAUGCCCAGGAUGUAAGCUGUUUUCAGCAUCUUGUCCAAGCAAAUGUAAGAAAUAAGAAAGUGCUGAAAGAUGCAGUGAAUAAUAUCACAGCAAAGGGAAUCACAGACUAUAAGAAGGGUUUUAGUUUUGCUUUUGAACAGCUGCUCAAUUACAAUGUUUCCAGAGCCAACUGCAAUAAGAUUAUCAUGUUGUUCACGGAUGGAGGAGAGGAGAGAGCCCAGGAGAUAUUUGCCAAAUAUAAUAAAGACAAAAAAGUACGGGUAUUUACAUUUUCAGUUGGUCAACAUAAUUAUGACAGAGGGCCUAUUCAGUGGAUGGCAUGUGAAAAUAAAGGUUAUUAUUAUGAAAUUCCUUCCAUUGGAGCAAUAAGAAUCAAUACUCAGGAAUAUUUGGAUGUUCUGGGAAGACCAAUGGUUUUAGCAGGAGAAAAAGCUAAGCAAGUACAAUGGACAAAUGUAUAUUUGGAUGCAUUGGAAUUGGGACUUGUCAUUACUGGAACUCUUCCUGUCUUCAAUAUUACUGGCCAAGUUGAAAAUAAGACAAAGAACCAGCUAAUACUUGGUGUGAUGGGAAUUGAUGUGUCAUUGGACGAUAUUAAAAGACUGACACCACGUUUUACACUGUGCCCCAAUGGCUAUUAUUUUGCAAUAGAUCCUAAUGGUUAUGUUUUAUUACAUCCAAAUCUUCAGCCAAAGAAUCCUAAAUCUCAGGAGCCAGUAACAUUGGAUUUCCUUGAUGCAGAAUUAGAGAAUGAUAUUAAGGUGGAGAUUCGUAAUAAAAUGAUAGAUGGGGAAAGUGGAGAUAAAACAUUCAGAACUCUGGUUAAAUCUCAAGAUGAGAGAUACAUUGACAAAGGAAACAGGACAUACACAUGGACUCCAGUUAAUGGCACAGAUUACAGUUUGGCCUUGGUAUUACCAACCUACAGUUUUUACUAUAUAAAAGCCAAAAUAGAAGACACAAUAACUCAGGCCAGAUAUUCAGAAACACUGAAACCAGAUAAUUUUGAAGAGUCUGGCUAUACCUUUAUAGCACCAAGAGAUUACUGCAAUGACCUUAAAAUAUCAGAUAAUAACACUGAGUUUCUUUUAAAUUUCAAUGAGUUUAUUGAUAGAAAAACUCCAAACGACCCAUCAUGCAACACAGAUUUGAUUAAUCGAGUCUUGCUGGAUGCAGGCUUUACAAAUGAACUUGUUCAAAAUUACUGGAGUAAACAGAAAAACAUCAAGGGAGUAAAAGCACGUUUUGUUGUGACUGAUGGUGGAAUUACCAGAGUUUAUCCAAAGGAGGCUGGAGAAAAUUGGCAAGAAAACCCAGAGACAUAUGAGGACAGCUUCUAUAAAAGGAGUCUAGAUAAUGAUAAUUAUGUUUUCACUGCUCCUAACUUUAACAAAACUGGACCUAGUGCUUAUGAAUCUGGCAUUAUGGUUAGCAAAGCUGUAGAAAUAAAUAUCCAAGGAAAACUUCUUAAACCUGCAGUUGUUGGAAUUAAAAUUGAUAUAAACUCCUGGAUCGAGAAUUUCACCAAAACAUCAAUCCGGGACCCGUGUGCUGGUCCAGUUUGUGACUGCAAAAGAAACAGUGAUGUAAUGGAUUGUGUGAUUUUAGAUGAUGGUGGAUUUCUUUUGAUGGCAAAUCAUGAUGAAUACACUAACCAGAUUGGAAGAUUUUUUGGAGAGAUUGAUCCAAGCUUGAUGAGACACUUGAUUAAUAUAUCAGUUUAUGCUUUUAACAAAUCCUAUGACUAUCAGUCAGUGUGUGAGCCUGGAGCUGCGCCGAAGCAAGGAGCAGGGCAUCGCUCAGCAUAUGUGCCAUCAAUAGCAGACAUACUGCACAUUGGCUGGUGGGCCACUGCUGCUGCCUGGUCUAUUCUACAGCAGUUUCUUUUGAGUUUGAGCUUUCCACGACUCCUCGAAGCAGCUGACAUGGAAGAGGAGGAUUUUACAGCCUCUCUGUCGAAACAGAGCUGUAUUACUGAACAAACCCAAUAUUUCUUUGACAAUGAUAGUAAAUCAUUCAGCGGUGUACUUGACUGUGGAAACUGUUCCAGAAUCUUUCAUGUAGAAAAACUUAUGAACACGAACUUAGUUUUCAUAAUGGUGGAAAGCAAAGGGACUUGUCCCUGUGACACUCGGCUUCUCAUACAAGCAGAGCAGACUUCUGAUGGUCCAGAUCCUUGUGACAUGGUUAAGCAGCCCAGAUAUCGAAAAGGGCCUGAUGUCUGCUUUGAUAACAAUGUUCUGGAGGAUUACACUGACUGUGGUGGUGUUUCUGGAUUAAAUCCCUCCCUGUGGUCUAUCAUUGGAAUACAAUUUUUACUACUUUGGCUUUUAUCUGGCAGUAGACACUACCAGUUAUGACCUUUUAAAACCAAAUCUGCAUAAUUAAACUCCAGACCCUGCCAAAAUAUGAGCCCUCAACUGCAUUUUAACAAGGUCAGUCCUGGAAUCAGCUGAACACUGGGCCCAUACUAUGGCAUAAAUCUACAACACAGACUCUAAAGCACCCACUGGCUGCAUGUCAGGGUGUGAAAUCCUAAAUGUUGUGUGAAUGCUGCAUCAUCUUCGUAAAACAUCAAAGCAAACUUUCUAUAUGUGCUCUAUUGGGAAAAUUGAGAGUUUGUUGUUGCUAUGUUGGUGAUUACAUGUAUAAGGGCUCCCCACACAAUUGUUUAAGAAUCACACAAAUUGUCUUGAUUCUGAUCUGGAUUUUUAACUUACUGCAAUCCGUUUAGAUUUUUUUUUUUAAUGAAGAAAAUCCCUAAGGGAGAAACAGUUCAUUUUACCUUUACUUAUUUUUCUGAUAAAAGUAUUUCCUGCUUUGGAUAGUUAUUAUCUAUGGAGAAAGAAAGGAGAAAAGAAUUAAAGAGAAUUAAUGGUAUAGUUAUUGAAAUAUAUAUGGCUGAUUUUUAACCUAAAAAUUGCCAUAAAUAAAUGCCUUAUAAAAGAAUGGCUUCUUUGCCAAAAAAAUCAAAAAUAAAGUAACACAAAUUAUGGCCAAUUAAAUUUAAAGGAGUAAUUUAUUGGAUAUUUGGAAAUAAUAACUAAGAAGUUAUUAGCCUAAGGUGCUGGAGGGUAAAAUUUGAAUACAAGAAUAUACUGACUAUAUUUCCGCAUCAAUGUAAGCCCUUAAAUGCUUUGAUGUAAUGUUCCUUUUGUUCAUGAUAAAGUUACUGUAGUGCUGGCCAGAUAUUUCAAGAUGCUCUAAGAAAAGCUUGUCAGGGGGGAGGGGCAAUGUUUUUUCUUGUGAUCAAUGAACUUUGGUUACAAAGGAUAUUUUGCAUGAUGCUGCUGCUAUUUUAAAUUUUUGGUUUGUUUUUCUCUUACUGUAGAGUAUAGUCUAUUGAAAAGUUAACUGAGUGACAUUAUUGUUACGUAAGAAUAUGAAUCUUGCAGUGUAAUGCACUUAAGUCAUCUUUUAAAAAUGUUGUUAAACUACUCUGAAUAUACUGUGCAAUGUAAAUGCUGAAUGACUGGGUUAAGUAAAUGGUGAAAUGGGAAUUAAUGGAUUUUAUACAGAUUCAUGCUUUUGCCUGAAACCUAUGUACAGAUAUUUUAAGUACAUAAAUCAGAUUUGACACAUUUAUUUUUUAAAAAGUACAUAAAUGUUCCCAAUGAAGAUCCAUGCUAGGUUUCCUCUUUGUUCAUUUGAAUAGUAGCAUGUACACUCCAAAAAUUUCCACUGCUACUGCUGCUGCUUUUGUCUAUUUAAAAGUUAUAAUCCUUAACCAAAAUUUCCAUGCAGUUUGAUGAAAGUUUUACAAAAAUCUGAACAAAUAGGAAACCUUGAAUCUAUGUGUAUGCACAUAAAUACUUGAUUGUGAAUAAUCAAAAUUGUUUUUAUACAAACUCAUUGGUGGAAAUGAUUAGUGUAGUAAAUCAGCUAUUUCAUUAAAGAUUAAUAUAAUAGCAAAAUAUUAUUUAUGCUUUAAAAAUUAUUUUGAAGAGUAAAUAGUAUUGAAAAUGGGUGAAAACAAUGAAUGUGUAACUAAUAUAGUGAGUAAUUCUGCUGAAAGGGAAGUUUGCAGAUAUUUUUAUGGUAAAAUGUAUUUCUUUUUGAACAUGCCAAAUAUUGGUAUGUGUAUAUGCUGGAAACUUUCUUAAUAUAUCAUUUUAAGUUCAUAUCUUACUAACAUAAUCCAGCAUGCUUUAAUAUGCCUCACAUAUCAAAGAUAUAACCAAUUCUGUAGCAUAAUUUAAAGAUAUAUUUGUUUUGUUUUUAGCUUUGCAUACAUUUGUAAUUCCCUUCCACCAACAAUAUACCCUAGGUACCAUUUGUGUACAUUUCCUUAUUUAAGAUUUUUUUUUAUUUUAAAAAAGGGGAGAAGGGAGCAGAAUCACUUUGCCAACUAUUGUCAACUCUUAGACCAUCAGUUACCAUUUCUAAUGCAUUGUUGUGAUUUUGUAGUCUCAUUUGUAACCUGUACUGACAUUUUAGAAAACACCAAAGUGAUUUUAAAAAAUAUGAAACUUCUCACUCUAGUAAUGAUAUGUUUAAAUCAUGUCGUUUGUUAAUUAAAUACUUAAAACUUAUUGUUAACUUUUGCUAGACUUUCAAAUCAUGAAAGUGUUGGGAAGGGGAAAUCAAAACAUUAAAUUAUUAAUUCAUGUAUAUAUGAUGCACAUUAAAAUGAUUGUUUUGCUUUCAGCAUACAACAAACUACCUUAAAUUAUGUUUAAUAUUUAUUAGAUAUAUUUUCAUGGCUAAUGUCUCUUAAAUACUACAUUUUCAUAAACUACAUUGUUAUUGUAUUAAUUACAGUUAACCUUGGCAUCUUUUGACAUCUUACUUGAUUUCAUUUGCCAUCAAAAUAUAUUUAAAUGCUUAAGUCUUACUGUGAUCUAAUUUUCUGUAAUAAACAUAUUAUGACAAACAUAAACAUCGUAAUAAAUUGGGCAAGAAUGCACACUCUGACCAAAAACUCUUCUCAUGACUAAUUAAUACUAUUCUUCAUGCUUUACAUAUGUUUUUAAAGAAAAGAGUAACACUCAUCCCAAUGAAUUGUUUUAUUUACUUUUGGAUUCUUCUAUGAAUUUUUAAUUGUUACAAGAACUUAAAUUAUAACCUGAUAUAUAUACGUGUGUAAAUACGCACGUAUAUACAUUAUAUAUACAUAUUUCCCAAAACUAAACAAUGUAAGAGAUCCUACUUAAGUUUUGUUAUACUCACAACUGCUUAUAAUGUAGUCUUCCACUAAAACAAAAUCAGUAUGUCUUGCAUUGGUGUUGAGUAACAGGAAUGCUUUAUUCAUUAAUAAUUUCUUUGUGUUUUCUUCAUUUGAACAACCAGCAUUACUGCCAAACACCAGUCGUGGUCCAUAUUUGUAACAGGUUUUUAACAUGACAUAGCACGUUUGAUUGAAGUGAUUUUUAGGUCCUGGGCCUAUAAUAUUUUAGUAUGACCUUUUUUCAUGUUUCUAAUGCUUGAGGCAUUAUUGCUUAACUUCGAAAAAACAAAACAGUGUUGCUGCCAUUUGUAAGUUUUCCUAUACUAUUCCUUAUAUUAACUUAAAAACUGGCCUUACUGGGUUCAAAUAGGCAGUAUCCCUUUUAAGUGACCUUUGCAACCCAAGUGUUACUUGCUUAUUUGAUGCUCUUGUGUAUUUUACAUGUCAAUUAAAUCUUUGUCUUCACCAAAGCUUAAAUUUCUACGUCUUAAUUUAAAACUCAAACUAUUCCAUUGAUCAUGUUAGUCAUGUUAGCUGACUUUAAAAUGUAGAGGUAUGGAAAUUAACCUAUUGAAACAAAAUGGAUGCUGUGACUUUAUAGAAUAGGCUAUUUCACCCACCUACAAUUUCAAAUAUUAUUAUGUGGAACUUAUAAUGUUUACCCUUAGCAGAAUAUUAAUAUUGCUAAUACUUAGUGUAAAUUUCUGUAAAGAAUAAAUGAACAAAAGUAUGAGUAAAAAUGUUCAGAUUUUAAA